GGGCCCUUUUCCGGGGAGCAGGGUCGACAAGCCGCCGCGGCAGCUGGUUGGGCAGGAAAUUGGUCGGAAGAUGAAGAAGAAACGAGCGGGUGGGUGACUUCCACGGGGAAAGUUCCGGGGACGCCUCCACAGACGGUGGACAUUUCUUUGAUGUGUGGGCACCAUCGCAACGACUCGGGGGUCACCGACCCUUUUCCCGCGUCUCCUGCGAAUCUUCCUGGUUUAGGUGUUUCUCCUGGAAAGACGUCGGCUAUUCGGCCAGUAAAAAGGCACUGAACGAUCAGGAAACUUUCUUGGGGGGCAUUGCCAUGACUUCGGAUUGACCAACCGCGAAGAUAGUCGGACCCCCUGCUGACACGUGUCAGCCUGCAGGCGGCCGGCUCCCUCGCGGGGUGAGGGAAGGGGUACCCCCCGUGACUGACCUCAGUUCCCGGCCCGCGGACAGGCGGUGGCUGUGAAGUCCCACGUGGACGUGGGCCGUUGUCCUCAGCUCGCGGGCCCGUCUGAAAGGUGGUGGACCCUCCUCCGGAAAGGGGCCCCGUCCUGGCUUUAUGGGGCAGCAGCCUGGAAAAGUGCUUGGGGACCAGCGGAGGCCGAGCCUGCCUGCCCUGCACUUCAUCAAGGUCGCAGGGAAGAAGGAGUCCUCCAGGCACGGGGGCCCCCCCUGCAAUGUGUUUGUGGAGCAUGAAGCCCUCCAAAGGCCAGUAGCAUCUGACUUCGAGCCCCAAGGUCUGAGCGAAGCAGCUCGUUGGAACUCCAAGGAAAACCUCCUCGCUGGUCCCAGUGAAAAUGACCCCAACCUUUUUGUUGCACUGUAUGAUUUUGUGGCCAGUGGGGAUAACACUCUAAGUAUCACUAAAGGUGAAAAGCUCCGGGUUUUAGGCUACAAUCACAAUGGGGAAUGGUGUGAAGCCCAAACCAAAAAUGGCCAAGGGUGGGUCCCAAGCAACUACAUCACACCCGUCAACAGUCUGGAGAAACAUUCCUGGUAUCAUGGGCCCGUGUCCCGCAACGCUGCUGAAUACCUGCUGAGCAGUGGGAUCAACGGCAGCUUCCUGGUGCGGGAGAGCGAGAGCAGCCCUGGGCAGAGGUCCAUCUCGCUGAGAUAUGAAGGCAGGGUGUACCACUACAGGAUCAACACUGCUUCUGAUGGCAAGCUCUACGUGUCCUCAGAGAGCCGCUUCAACACUUUGGCCGAGUUGGUUCAUCAUCACUCAACUGUGGCAGACGGGCUCAUCACCACUCUCCACUACCCAGCCCCCAAGCGCAACAAGCCCACUGUGUACGGUGUGUCCCCCAACUAUGACAAGUGGGAGAUGGAGCGCACGGACAUCACCAUGAAGCACAAGCUGGGAGGAGGCCAGUACGGGGAGGUGUACGAAGGCGUGUGGAAGAAAUACAGCCUCACGGUGGCCGUGAAGACCUUGAAGGAGGACACCAUGGAGGUGGAAGAGUUCUUGAAAGAAGCCGCAGUAAUGAAAGAGAUCAAGCACCCUAAUCUGGUACAGUUACUUGGGGUCUGCACCCGGGAGCCCCCGUUCUAUAUAAUCACUGAGUUCAUGACCUAUGGGAACCUGCUGGAUUACCUGAGAGAGUGUAACCGCCAGGAGGUGAAUGCUGUGGUGCUGCUGUACAUGGCCACUCAGAUCUCAUCCGCCAUGGAGUACCUGGAGAAGAAAAACUUCAUCCACAGAGACCUUGCUGCCCGGAACUGCCUCGUAGGGGAAAACCACUUGGUGAAGGUGGCUGAUUUCGGCCUGAGCAGGUUAAUGACAGGGGACACCUACACAGCCCACGCCGGGGCCAAAUUCCCGAUCAAGUGGACCGCGCCUGAAAGCUUGGCCUACAACAAAUUCUCCAUCAAGUCCGACGUCUGGGCAUUUGGAGUAUUGCUUUGGGAGAUUGCUACCUACGGCAUGUCGCCCUACCCGGGAAUUGACCUGUCCCAGGUGUAUGAGCUGCUAGAGAAAGACUACCGCAUGGAGCGCCCAGAAGGCUGCCCAGAGAAGGUCUACGAACUCAUGCGAGCAUGUUGGCAGUGGAAUCCCUCUGACCGGCCCUCCUUUGCUGAAAUCCACCAAGCCUUUGAAACAAUGUUCCAGGAAUCCAGCAUAUCAGAUGAAGUGGAAAAGGAGCUGGGGAAGAAGGGCCUGCGAGGGGUUGCAGGCACUCUGCUGCAGGCCCCAGAGCUGCCCACCAAGACAAGGACCUCCAGGAGAGCCACGGAACACAAAGACGUCACCGACCUGCCUGAGGCGCCCCACUCCAAGGGCCCGGGAGAGCCUGAUCCUCUGGACCACGAGCCUGCUGUGUCUCCACUGCUCCCUCGAAAAGAACGAGGUCCCCAGGAUGGUUGCCUAAAUGAAGAUGAACGCCUUCUCCCCAAAGACAAAAAGACCAAUUUGUUUAGCGCUUUGAUCAAGAAGAAGAAGAAAACGGCCCCAACCCCUCCCAAACGCAGCAGCUCCUUCCGGGAGAUGGACGGCCAGCCAGAGCGCAAGGGGGCCGGAGAGGAAGAGGGCCGUGAAGUCAGCAACGGGGCGCCUGCUCUCACACCCUCGGACACAGCCGAGCCAGCCAAGUCCCCCAAGCCCAGCAGUGGGGCUGGGGUCCCCAAUGGAGCCUUCCGGGAGUCAGGAGGCGCAGGCUUCCGGUCUCCCCACCUGUGGAAGAAGUCCAGCACGCUGACCAGCAGCCGACUAGCCGCCAGCGAAGAGGAGAGUGGCAGCAGCGCCAGCAAGCGCUUCCUGAGGUCUUGCUCUGCCUCCUGCGUGCCCCACGGGGCCAAGGACACAGAGUGGAGGUCGGUCACGCUGCCUCGGGACCUGCAGUCCACGGGAAGACAGUUUGACUCGUCCACUUUUGGAGGGCACAAAAGCGAGAAGCCAGCUCUGCCUCGGAAGCGGGCGAGUGAGACCAGGUCUGACCAGGUGGCCAGAGGCACGGUGACGCCCCCACCAAGGCUGGUGAAAAAGAUGGAGGAGUUGGCUGAUGAGGUUUUCAAAGACACAGCGGAGUCCAGCCCGGGCUCCAGCCCUCCCAGUCUGACUCCAAAACUUCUCCGUAGGCAGGUGGUGGUGGUUCCUUCCUCUGGUUUGCCCCACAAGGACGAGGCCGGGAAGUCCAGUGCCUUGGGGACACCUGCCGCAGCUGAGCCAGUGCCCGCCACCAGCAGAGCAGGACCAGGUGCACCUGGAGGGACCAGCAAGGCCCCCGCAGAGGAAUCUCGAAUGAGGAGGCACAAGCCCUCCUCCGAGUCCCCAGGGAGAGACAAAGGGAAGUUGUCCAAGCUCAAGCCUGCCCCGCCACCCCCACUUCCAGCCUCUGUUGGGAAAGCCGGGAGGCCCUCUCCGAGCCUGAGCCAGGAAGCAGCUGGGGAGGCCGGCGCCAGCGGGAAAGCAAAAUCCACGGCUGUGGUUGUGGAUGCUGUAAACAGUGACGCUGCCAAACCCAGCCAGCUGGGGGAGGGCGUCAAAAAGCCUGUGCUCCUGUCCAUGCCAAAGCCUCAGUCAUCCACCAAGCCAGCGGGGACCCCGACCAGCCCAGUCCCGACUCCCUCCACUUUGCCAUCAGCAUCCUCCGCCCUGGCAGGGGACCAGCUGUCCUCCACCGCCUUCAUCCCUCUCAUAUCGACCCGUGUGUCUCUUCGGAAAACCCGCCAACCUCCCGAGCGCAUCGCCAGUGGCGCCAUCACCAAGGGUGUGGUCCUGGACAGCACCGAGGCCCUGUGCCUCGCCAUCUCCAAGAACUCGGAGCAGAUGGCCAGCCACAGCGCCGUGCUAGAAGCCGGCAAAAACCUCUACACGUUCUGCGUGAGCUACGUGGACUCCAUCCAGCAAAUGAGGAACAAAUUCGCUUUCCGCGAGGCCAUCAACAAACUGGAGAAUAACCUCCGGGAGCUUCAGAUCUGCCCGGCAACCGCGGGGAGUGGCCCGGCGGCCACUCAGGACUUCAGCAAACUCCUCAGUUCCGUGAAAGAGAUCAGUGACAUCGUACAGAGGUAGCAGAAGCCAGGCGUCAGGCCAGCCAGAGCCGCCUGCAGUGUGUGAGGGCUCCCGUGCCCAUGACGGUGGCUGAUACAGGACCUGUGAGCUGGAACCUUGGCCCCGGAGCUGAGGGCCACCAUGGAGUGUACCGCCCUACUACCUACAUUGUGCACCGACUGUCCUCCUGCACUUUCCUCCUCCUCAGCCCGCUCUCUGAGCCUCUCUGUCAGAGUUCUGUCUGUGGGUUCCGCCUGGUGGACUGCAGUCGGCACACCAGCCCCUCCCCACGGGGGCGUCAGGCCUGCCCUUCGGCCAGCUGUGAAGGUGGGUGAGCGCUUCCUCUCUGUCUUUCUUUCUGGGGGAUUUCCUCUGGCUAUGCCUUCGCCUCCGUUUUCCCCAACAAGAAGUGCCCUGAACGGGAGCUGUGUCACCAGGCCUUGGGAACUGUGGCCUUCACUCACCUGGUGGAGGGAGCCUGUACCCUCACCCUCCUCGCACCUCCUGUGCUUCAGACACGUUCCAGCUCUGCAUCCUGGGAAGCUGUGCCGGGGCUGGGGCUCCCCAUUUCCUCCCGUGAAGGACAGCUCUCACCUGGGGGUGAAACAGGUGCUAGCACAAGCCAGCCUCUGGGUCGCAGGAAGGAGGGGGACUGUCCUGUCAUCCUGCUGCGUGUCCGCGAGCCCAGUCCCAGUUCUCUUGUGACACUGCUAAUUCUGGAUGGAAAGCCCAAGUCUGCCGGGGAGCAGGGUUGCUGUCCAGCACGCAGGGGCAGGGGUGGAGGGCUGGCUUGUGCGAACACUGGUGCUGAGGUGGCCCGGCCCCGGCCUAGGCAGGUCUUCGGUGGCCCAGUGUUACCUUCCCUUUGAACUUGCAGGUGCCCGAAAAAGGCACUUGAUCUUGAUUUCUGACGGAUCUCCAUUCCCUCCCUUGUACUCCCCUAAGACAAAGUAGAUUCUUACAGGACUUUCUCCUCUGUGACAAGCCUGUCUUCAGUUUUCUGGAGUUCUUGAAGCAUUUCAAAGCUCUGCUCUCAGCACAGCCGAUACAGACGUGGGCACCCGCACACAGACGGGAGGAGCAGGACCGGGCCACCAAAGCACCACUAGUGUUGGUUGCACCCUCGUGGGCAAAUGUCUUAUUUAAUGACCACAAGCAACACUUGGCCAUCAGGGAUGAAGAAAACCACAAAGAAAUGAAACCCUAGAGAGUGUCUCGAAGAGCCGGUAUGGUGUCAUCUCCCCCUGCGCUGCCCAGGACCAGGCUCGGGGCAGCGGCCCAGGCCUCCUUGACAGUGACCUAGAGCAGCUACUGAGGAGUGGGCAGGCACCUGCUGGGUCUCACUCCAGGCCCAGAAGCAACCCUUGGAGAAACCAGGAGAAACCCACCCUCUGCUCCCCACACCUGCCCGUGACCUCACACAGGCCCUGUUUUUACACUAAUCACCCGAACUUGUAUCUUAUUUCUCUGGAUUGUUUGAUACUGUUCUCACAGCGCAUCACCUCUUUGCCCCCUCAGACUGCUGUUCUGCACAGACUGAGGGAGGUGCUAGCAUACCGCCAGCGGCCUUGCAGACAAAGCAAACCGACCCCAGGCCCCUCGCCUCCCGUUUCUGUGAGGUACUGGCCUCCUUUCUUCACGUGACGUGCCACUAUAUUUUGCAUUUAUACUUUGGUAUUACACUCUUGUAGACUUGCUCUUUUAUAAAUGACGUGUAAAUAGUUUUCCACUCCCCUCCCUGCUCCAAUGCCUAUGGUCUCUCUCUCUUGUUUUUGGUCCAGUACAUUUUGUUUCUGUAUAUGACUUUGUUUUUUGAAUCCACAUCUCUCCUCCGUAGUAUUUUUUAAAUAAAUGUUUACAUUAGAAUGUG